AUGGAGCAAGCUAGGCAUGUUGAUACACCAAUGUUUGUGGCACCAAAGUUGAGUUGCACUGGUGGUGAUCAUAUGGAUUCACAGGAGUAUCGAAGUGCUAUUGGAUCCUUGUUGUAUGUGUGUCAUACUCGCACUGGCAUUGCUUUUGUUGUGCAUAAGGUUUCCCAGUACACGCAACAACCAUGUCAAGCUCACUGGUCAACUGUUAAAAGGAUAUUUCACUACUUAAAGGGUACUUUGGAUUAUGGUUUGUGGAUAAGAACACAGUCUGAUAUUGCUAAUCUUUGUGGCUUUAUAGAUGCUGACUGGGGAAGUGUUCCUGAUGAUCGUCGAUCAGUGUCAAGCCACUGUGUUUUUCUUGACAAGCACUUGGUUACUUGGAGUUCAAAGAAACAACUUGAUGUCUCUUGGUUGACUGCGGAGGAUGAAUACCAUAGUCUGGUCGAUGCUACCUCAAAGAUACUUUGGGUUAAGGAGUUCUUGAGGAUAUGA